UAUUGGUAGUUUCACACAGACGCACAGCGUCUAUGUAGCAGCAGGCAAAGGUUGAUGCCCCAAACACAACAAACUCAACCAAUUCAAAUUCACAGCAUUCGACACAUCCACAAACACAAUCCUCGGACCCUCUGUCAUGGCUGCUGCUACUUCUCUUUGUUGUGUCCUCCCCGUGCUCACACCAAACCUUUCCAAGCCCCUCUUGCCUCCCCUCUCUUCCCGACCCCAAAAACGGCGUCGUUUCAUCACCUCCGUCGCUGAGGAUCGAGAAAUAGUUCCCGUGUCCCAAGACAGAGGAACCCGUCUUCGUGAAGGUGAGGGGUUUCAUCCUUCCCAGCCCCACACAGAGUCAGAGCUUCCUCCUCGCCUCACCAGCAGUAGCACCGUCAAUGCCAUCAUCGUUUUGGGAUUUGGGACUUUUGCUGUCACCAAAUUGCUCACCAUUGACCAUGACUAUUGGCAUGGUUGGACACUUUAUGAGAUUUUAAGGUAUAUACCUGAACACAAUUGGAUUGCCUAUGAGCAAGCUCUGAAAUCAAACCCAGUUUUAGCUAAAAUGGCAAUAAGUGGGAUUGUCUACUCAAUAGGAGACUGGAUUGCUCAGUGCUAUGAAGGAAAGCCUAUUUUUGAGUUUGAUCGGGCACGGUUACUCAGAUCGGGUCUUGCUGGGUUUACUCUCCAUGGAUCUCUUUCUCACUAUUACUACCAAAUUUGUGAGGCUCUUUUUCCUUUCCAAGAAUGGUGGGUUGUCCCUGCCAAAGUUGCUUUUGACCAAACUGUGUGGUCUGCAAUUUGGAACAGCAUCUACUUUGUGGUUUUGGGCUUGUUGCGUUUUGAAUCUUUGACGAACAUAUAUGGUGAAUUGAAGUCAACAUUUUUUCCUCUGCUUACUGCAGGGUGGAAACUUUGGCCUUUUGCGCAUCUGAUUACUUAUGGUGUGGUUCCUGUGGAACAAAGGCUUCUUUGGGUGGACUGUGUGGAGCUCAUCUGGGUCACAAUACUUUCAACCUAUUCAAAUGAGAAAUCAGAAACCCGAAUAUCUGAGGCAGCAUCAGAAACAAGGUCAUCCACUUCAAGCAAAAGUUCCAAGGAAUAAACGAAUUGAGAACAAGGGAAAAAACUAUCUAGGUUCAUGGUUGUUACAGAAUCAACCACGCAAAAGCUUUUGGUUCCUUACUGAAAAUUCGAAGAAUCUAUGAGUUGAAGGUCCAAUUGAGCGACCUUAGAGGAGCGGGGUUGUGAUCUGCUACUCAUACAGGAUAUACACUUACAGCAUCCUUCCGAAUAUGAUCAACUAUUCAGGUUUCAGUGAUCAGAUACAUAGUUGAUUGUAUAUAUAAUAUAAAUGCAUUUAGAAGAACUAUAGUUAAAUUAUGUUCAUUUUCUUGGGGUGUAUUGGAUUACCUUAUAUAUCCACAAUUCUGUA